ACCUAGAAGAAAGAAAGAAACAGCACCACUGAUCAACUGAGCUGAGAAUGGGGAGCGGAGAGAGAUUUGUGUGAUGUGUCGUUAGGUCGUAUCGGUCGAGUCGAGUCGGGUCGGGUCGUGUACCUUUUGCCACGAAUGUUGUGCCAGUCAGGCUCUAAAAGGCCUUACGAGAACAGCUGAGAUUUUCGCUGCUCCGCAUGACGCAAAGAUACAAAGAUACAAAAAUUGAAAAAUUUUCAAGUCUUUAAGAUAUUAUAUCUCGUGUGUGCGCCGAGCGGGAAAUUGUUAAGCAAAAAAAAAAAAAGAAAAACCAAGUGUUUUGUUAGUGAAUUCUAUACCACUGCUGAAAUGCUAAUAGCAUAGGCAGCAUAAAAAAUAAAUUAUAAAAAUUCAUUAAAAAAGAGAAAUAUUCAAAGCGCGGCUGACAAGCUUCCAAGCCUCCAAGGAUAAGAGCUAGAACUCUGCCAAAAAGUGUGAACCGUACAAAGUGUAUUCCAGCAAUUAUCCCACGUGUUCCGACCCGGCCGCCAAAAUUAUUACGCACAAUUCGCUGAGCGUGUACGGCGGCGGCGUCAUGUGCGCCUCCCCGUCCACGGCUCCCGGCUUCUUCAAUCCGCGCCCGCAGUCCGGCGCGGAGCUGUCGGCCUUCGACCUAGGCCUGUCCCGCUCGAUGGGCCUGGGGGUUGAGUUCCCGCCGCACAGCGCCUGGCACGAGCCGCCCACCUCGCUGGGCGGUCACCUGCAUGCCGCUUCGGCGGGACCGGGCACCACCACCGGCAGCGUGGCGACGGGCGGCGGCGGCACCACCCCCAGCAGCGUGGCCAGCCAACAGUCGGCGGUCAUCAAGCAGGACCUCUCCUGCCCGAGCCUCAACCAGUCGGGUGGCCAUCCGCACGGCAUCAAGGAGGAUCUCUCCAGCCUGCCCAGCGCCAACGGAGGAUCCGCCGGUGGCCACCACUCCGGCUCCGGUUCCAGUUCGGGGGUCAACUCCGGACACGGCUCCGACAUGCUGCCCCUGAUCAAGGGCCAUGGCCAGGACAUGCUGACCAGCAUCAAGGGACAGCCCACCGGCUGCGGCAGCACCACCCCCAGCUCCCAGGCCAACAGCUCCCACUCGCAGAGCAGUAACAGCGGAUCCCAGAUCGACAGCAAGCAGAACAUCGAGUGUGUCGUUUGCGGGGACAAGAGCUCCGGCAAGCACUACGGACAGUUUACCUGCGAAGGCUGCAAAUCCUUUUUCAAGCGCUCUGUGCGACGCAAUCUCACGUACUCGUGCCGCGGCAGCAGAAACUGCCCCAUAGAUCAGCAUCAUCGCAAUCAAUGUCAAUAUUGCCGAUUGAAGAAGUGCCUCAAAAUGGGCAUGCGACGCGAAGCUGUCCAACGUGGCCGCGUUCCACCCACCCAGCCAGGAUUAGCCGGCAUGCAUGGGCAGUACCAGAUCGCCAACGGGGAUCCCAUGGGCAUUGCCGGCUUCAACGGGCACUCGUACCUCAGUUCCUACAUCUCGCUGCUGCUGCGGGCGGAACCGUAUCCCACAUCCCGAUACGGCCAGUGCAUGCAGCCCAACAACAUCAUGGGCAUCGACAACAUCUGCGAACUGGCCGCCCGUCUCCUCUUCUCGGCGGUCGAGUGGGCCAAGAACAUACCCUUCUUCCCGGAGCUACAGGUCACCGACCAGGUGGCCCUGCUCCGACUCGUCUGGUCGGAGCUCUUCGUCCUGAACGCCAGCCAGUGCUCCAUGCCCCUGCAUGUGGCGCCACUGCUGGCCGCCGCCGGACUUCAUGCCUCCCCCAUGGCCGCCGAUCGUGUGGUGGCCUUCAUGGACCACAUCCGCAUCUUCCAGGAGCAGGUGGAGAAGCUGAAGGCCCUGCAUGUCGACUCCGCGGAGUACUCCUGCCUCAAGGCGAUCGUGCUCUUCACCACCGGUAAGUUGCUGGACAUCCUGUACAAGGAUGUGCCGGCGCUGCUCACCAAGGUUUCAGCACAGCUGGGCAAGGGCUCCCUGGCGAUGACGAACGAUGAUGUUCUGGCCGUGGUGCGUGAGCACCUGGACGAACUGAAUCGCCUGGAGCUGGAGUCCCAGGCGCCGCCUUCGCAGGCUCCCCACCACCUGGCCGCCUUCAUGAAGAGCGUGGCCGGCGUUGAGGCUGCAGUGCAGCAGGCGGAGCAGGCUCAGGCUCCCGCCUCCUCGGUUUCCACCCCUGUUUCCGCCUCUGCUCCCCUGCUACCCUCCGCCGGCAGUGCCUUUAGCAGCUGCCAGGGCAAGACCGCUGGGUCCGAGAUGGAUCUGCUGGCCAGUUUGUAUGCCCAGGCACAGGCCACGCCCCCCAGCAGCGACGUGUCGGGACACAACAACAGCAGCGGGCUGGGCGCCUCGCUUCCUACUCAAUCGCAAAGCGGUUCGUCCUCCCGCAACCUAACCGCCUCGCCGCUGAGUACUUCGCUGGCAACCGCUCCUGCUGCCGCUUCCGUUCCUGCUCCCGUUCCCGUUUCCGUAUCCGUAUCCACCUCCUCAGCGAGCCACCUCCCAGUGACCUCCACCUCCUCCGCUUCCGCCUCCACCUCCUCCUCCUCGCUGGUGGGUGGUGGAGCCUAUCAGACGCCCUCGGCGGCGGCGGCGGCGGCAGCCAUUUUCCACUAUCAAACGCCACCGCGCGCCGCUUUCGGCUCGGCCUUCGAUAUGUUCCACCACAGCACGCCCUUCGGAGUGGGGGUGGGCCACGCCCAUGCCCAUGCCCACGCCCUCGCCCACUCGGGCGGCAGUCCCAGCUACAGGUAUUCGCCCUAUAGCCUCGCCGGUAGUAGAUGGCAGUUGUAGGAUCUUAGGAUCUCACAGAAUAUCGAAACCCCUGUACUGUAAAUUUACUUGUAUCUAUAGAGUUUGGAGAGAAGAACCCUAGAGAACCUCUGUAUAUGUACUUACUUUAGUGCCUACUGCUUUAGUUUCUACCUAUUUAUUGCCUUACACUAAGUAUAAUUUAUUCUAGCCGUAAUCUCAUAGACUAGUUUAGUGAACUUUGCCAAAAAAAUUUGAUAAAACAAAGAAUCGAUGAGGAAGGAGAGAAAGAAAGAAAUCUUAAGAAUAUAUAUAAAGCUGUUGCUGUUAAACAAAAAUCUAAUCCUGGCUUGUGUUUUUACUCGUUAUCGCUUACUAAUGCUUUACACCGCUCGUUGACUAAUUUUAGUUUAUUAUUUAUUUGUUUAUUUUGGUUACUAACUAAUCCAUACUAACCUGAACUAACCCGGUCUCUUGGCCAUGAACUUUCCAAGUGAGAUCCUACUAGCGUUUG